CAUUCAACCUUUCUGAGGUCAUGGUAUGAGUUAGGAAUGUAAUAAAGUUACCCUGUCCCAAAUCCCAGAUUUGUUAAGAAGAGCCAGUGAGAUCACAUGAGAGCCUCAUUAUUAUUUAAAUUGUUCUUUAGCUUUGAGGCAAUAGCAUUUUCAAAGGAUGGAUUGUGCACAUUUGAGUUGGAAGACUUUUCUUCUUACCUGAGGAAAUAGGAUAUAAAGCAGAUUAUGUUCUGAUAGUUGAGGAAAGGAGACAAUUAUAUAUGUGUAUAUGUUGCUCUAUAUGUGUGUUUUACUGUUUGUUUCUUUUAGAAAGAGAGAUCAAACCUGAAAUGAAGCUGACUCCAACAGAGGUGAGCCUCUCUGUGGAAGAAAUGAACCUACAAAGAUUCAUUAGUCAUGGUCCCGAUAACUUUGCUUUCAGAGAAUUCUGUGUUGCACCUCAAAAUUCAUCUCCCAUUGGACAUCAAAGAAUUCACACUGGGGUAAAAUCCAGUGAAGGUAAUCAGUGCGGAAAGACUUUUAUGCAUAGGGCCAUUCGUGUUGGACAUCAGAGAAUGCACUCUCUUAAGAAACGUUAUGAAUGCAAGCAAUGUGGAAAGACAUUCAGUCGGAGCUGCCAUCUUGCUGUACAUCGAAGAAUUCACACUGGGGAGAAACCUUAUGAAUGCAAGCAAUGUGGAAAGAGAUUCACAGAGAACUCCAGUCUUGCUGUACAUCAGAGAAUCCACACUGGGGAGAAACCUUAUGAUUGCAAUCAUUGUGGGAAGACAUUCAGACUGAGCUCCAGUCGUUCUCAACAUCAGAAUAUCCACACUGGGGAGAAACCUUAUGAAUGCAAGCAAUGUGGAAAGACAUUCAGUUGGAGCUCAUAUCUUGCUGUACAUCAGAGAAUUCACACUGGGGAGAAACCUUAUGAAUGUAAGCAAUGUGGAAAGACAUUCGGUCGGAGCUCACAUCUUGCUAUACAUCAGAGAAUCCACACUGGGGAGAAACCUUAUGAAUGCAAUCAAUGUGGAAAGAGAUUCACAGAGAACUCCAGUCUUUCGGUACAUCAGAGAAUCCACACUGGGGAGAAACCUUAUGAAUGCAACCAAUGUGGAAAGACAUUCACUCGGCGCUCACAUCUUGCUGUACAUCAGAGAAUUCACACUGGGGAGAAACCUUAUGAAUGCAAGCAAUGUGGAAAGAGAUUCACAGAGAACUCCAGUCUUGCUGUACAUCAGAGAAUCCACACUGGUGAGAAACCUUUUGAAUGCAAGCAAUGUGGAAAGACAUUCGGUCGGAGCUCACAUCUUGCUGUACAUCAGAGAAUCCACACUGGGGAGAAACCUUAUGAAUGCAACCAAUGUGGAAAGACAUUCAGUCGGAGCUCACAUCUUGCUGAACAUCAGAGAAUCCACACUGGGGAGAAACCUUAUGAAUGCAAGGAAUGUGGGAAGACAUUCAGACUGAGCUCCAGUCUUGCUCAACAUCAGAAGAUCCACACUGGGGAGAAACCUUUUGAAUGCAAGCAAUGUGGAAAGACAUUCGGUCGGAGCUCACAUCUUGCUGUACAUCAGAGAAUCCACGCUGGGGAGAAGCCUUGGAAGUAGUCAGUGUGAUGUGUGUGUGGAAAGUGUGGAAAGACAUUCAGUCACAGUUUCCUUCUUGCUGAACAUCAGAGAAUCCACACCAGGGAGAAACAUUAACAAUAAAAGCUAUAUAUAUAUUUUUUUCAUUAUUUCCCAGGAUAUCCUUGAUCCCUUGUUCUUCCAACUUAACUUUGUUAUGUUUUUUUCUAAAUCAGUAAAAAAAAAUUUUUUGGAAGUUCAAUGGGUAUGGCACUAAAUAGAUAAAUAAGUUUGGGUAGGAUGGUCAUUUUUAUUUUAUUGGCUCGUCCUACACAUGAGCAGUUCAUGUUUUUCCAAUUGCUCAAGCCUAGUUUUAGUUGUGUGGAGAGUGUUUUGUAGUUGUGUUCAUAUAGUUCCUGUGUUUGUCUCGGGAGAUAGAUUCCUAAGUAUUUUAUUUUGUCUAAGGUGAUUUUGAAUGGGAUUUCUCUUUCUAGUUUUUGCUGCUGAACUAUGUUGGAGAUGUAUAGAAAUGCUGAUGACUUUUGCGGGUUUAUUUUUUUUUUCCAAUGAAGAGGAAAUUAAGGCAAUCAUUAAAAGUUACUUUGCCCAAUUAUAUGGUAAUAAAUAUACUAAUCUAGGCGAUAUGGACGAAUAUAUACAAAAAUAUAAACUGCCUAGACUAACGGAAGAAGAAAUAGACUUAUGUGGGUUUAUUUUGUAUCCAGCAACUUGGCUAAAGUUGUUGAUUACUGAGACUAGCUUUUUGGUUGAAUCUCUAGGAUUCUUUAAGUCGACCAUCAUAUCAUCCGCAAAGAGCGAUAACUUGGUCUCCUCCUUGUCUAUUUUAAUGCUUUCACUUUCUUUUUCUUCUCUAAUUGCUACUGCUAGAGUUUCUAGUACAAUGUCAAAUAAUAGAGGUGAUAAUGGGCAUUCUUGUUUCACUCCUGAUCUUAUUGGAAUGCAGCUAGUUUAUCCCCAUUGCAGAUGAUGUUAGCUAAUGGUUUUAGAUAUAUACUGUUUAUUAUUUUUAGGAACGACCCUUCUAUUCCUGUGCUUUCUAGUGUUUUUUAAUAGUAAUGGGUGUUGUAUUUUAUCAAAGGCUUUUUCUGCAUCUAUUGAGAUAAUCAUGUGAUUCUUGUUGGUUUGCUUGCUGAUAUGGUCAAUUAUGUGGAUGGUUUUCCUAAUAUUGAACCAGCCCUGCAUCCCUGGUAUAAAUCCUACUUGAUCAUGGUGCAUGACCCUUCUGAUCACUUGCUGGAGUCUUUUUGCUACACAACCGAGGCAGAAGAUGGGAUUAAGUAGGCCACGAUGGGUGCAGGAGAGGAUCCCCUUUUCUACUUCUUUCAGAUCCCAAGAAGGUGACCCCAAAGUGGAGAUUUCAGUGGCAUGCAGUAGUCUUCCCAGGAGAGAGUCACCAGAAAUGAUUUCUGGGUCUGGUACUUGGGAGGAGUCUGCCAAGGUUCUGGGUCAGCGAGGCUGCAGAAUGAGGAGGAGAAGGAUGUUUCUCAGAAAAGGUCACCAGUGGCACUCUCUCGUGCUCUAAGCAGGAGGAUUUCUGAAAGAGCUGGAGAGCCUUACAUGAACCAAUGCAGAGUAAAAUUAGCAGAACUCGAAGAACAUUGGACCCAGCCACUGAAAUAUUGUGUGAUGGUCAACUGUGAGAGACUCGGCUCCUCUCAGCAAUACAAGGAGCGCAGACUAGUCUGAGGGACUGAGGAUGAAGAAUGCUCUCUGUCCACCUCCAGAGAAAUAACUGUUCAAGUUAGAUGGAUCAACGCAGAUGAUUUUUUACUUUCAUUUAUUUGGGGCUUUUGGUUUUCAAGAAUAUUUGCUCAGGGGGCAGCUGGGUAGCUCAGGGGAUGGAGAGCCAGACCCAGAGACGGGAAGUUCUGGGUUCAAAUCUGGCCUCAGACACUUCCCAGCUGUGUGACCCUGGGCAAGUCGCUUGGCCCCCAUUGCCUAGUCCUUACCACUCUUCUGCCUUAGAGCCAAUACACAGUAUUGACUCCAAGACAGAAGGUAAGGGUUUAUUAAAAAAAAAAACAACAACAAUAUUUGCUCACAGCAGUGGCCAAUCUAGAAUUAUGUUUUACAUGAUAAUAUAUGUAUAACUCAGAGCAAGUUGCUUGUCAUCGCUGGGAGAGGGGAGGGAAGGAGACAGUUUGGGUCUUGUUUCAGAAAACGUAUGUGGAAGAUUGUUAUUACAUGUUGUAAGGAUAACUUUAGUGUUUUGACUUAAAUCUAAAUAAUUUGGUCGUCAUGGGAAAUUCCCUAAUAUGAAAAUACCCAAGUCAGCUGGGGAUUAUGGAGAUUUUAAUUAAAAAAGAGAGAAGGAAUUAAGGAAAAGAAUGGGGGGGGGAGGAAAAGGAGAGAGAGAGAGAGAGAGAGAGAGAGAGAGAGAGAGAGAGAGAGAGAGAGAGAGAGAGAGAGAAUUAAUUUAAAGUGCUCUGGCUCAGGCUGAGCCAGGCAGUACUUAAAGACCUUGGCCAAAGUGGCCUCCCUGAGCCUAAUGGAAAGAGAGUCAGUCUUAUCACUCACCACGAGACUGUCUCCAAGGAAGCUCCAGUCCUCCACUGAACUCAAUCUCCUGAACUGAGUUCUGAAUCCAAAUCCACUCUGAACUGAAUUUGGAACUGUCUUUUAGCCUCCUUUUAAAGAGAAUUUUCUCUUAUGUCACCUCCCCUAAAUUUUCACCUCUACUAAUCACAGUAGACACUUUUUUCCAGGAUUGCCCAUUCUUAGUUCUCACCUUCUUUGGUCCUCACCUUCUCUGGUUAGAUUAUAUCUUUUGAGUACUUCACACUUCUUUGUUAAACUUGCCUUUUGUAAGUUACUUGACCUUUUUGUAAUUAAUUUUUUAAAAUUUAAUAAUUAAUUAAUUUACAGGUACUUAACACCUUUUUGUAUUAGAUCAAAAAAUAGACUUAGCCUAAGGUUCUAGCUUUAGUAUAAGGCAUGAGUUAAGUACCUUCAUUGUUCAAUCAGGAGUUGACAACUUUAUCUUCCCCAAAAGUAUGUCUAAUUAGGGUGGAGUAAUUUUAAAAGUUAUCAAUACAUUCCUGAUUCUUGUUAUACCAAGUAUCUCCAUUGUUACAAUAAGGGAAUAGCUAAAUAAAAUCUUCUAAAGUACAGUCUGAGUAGUUUUUAAGAUUCACAAUGUGACGGGGAAAAUAAAGUCUCUGAAUAAAAAACCACCACCACAAAGCCGACAGUGUCAUCAUGGGUCAGCUGAAAGGCAUUGAUGAGGCUUCAUCCAUCCGGAUGGCCUGGGGGUGCCCCCUGGUGCACACCAGAGGAGCUUUGUCAGAGAGUUCU